UAUCCUGCUCAUCGUACGGCUCCGCCACGCCAUGUCCUCGUCGUCGUUCAAGCCCAACCCUCUCUCGCUCAGCGUGCCGGACCCCGCGCUCGACCGCUGGCUCCGCGACUCCGGCUACCUCGACCUCCUCGACUCCUCCGCCCCCGCGCCGGCCGCCGCAACCGCCGCCGCCACACCCACCAACCCCGCCUCCGCCUCCUCAGGCGCCGCCGCCGACGUCCUCGCCUUCGCGCGCACCCUAGCCUCGCUCCUCACGCUCAACCCCUUCGCGGGCCUCUCCACCGCCGACCUCGCCAAGCCCACCCCCUCCUGGUCCCUCGCCUUCGUCGGCGCACCCGGCGCCGCCUCCUACUCCUGGCCCCCGACCCCCACCCAGGCCCGACUCCGCGUCCAGGAGAACGUGCGCCGCUACGCCCGCAACUACGCCGCGCUGUCCAUCCUCAUCUUCGCCUGCUGCCUGUACCGGAUGCCCAUGGCGUUGCUGGGGAUGUUGUCCAGCCUCGCGGUGUGGGAGGCUGUGCGGUACUGCCGGGACCGGUGGGGGCUCGCCACACGAGCGCCCGGGGUCGGGCAGGCUCUUCUGCACUGUGCCCAGAUUGCCACUGUUAUACUACUAUAUGUGUGCAACAUGCAGUUUGCUCUUGUAUAUGCCAUCGGAUUGAGUUACGCAGUCAUGAUGUUGCAUGCUUCUCUUCGAAAGUUGACACCCCCAAGACUAUCUGACCCAGUGAAUAAGAAUAGGAGAGCACAGCCAAGACGAAGCUAGCCAUGGUUAGAGGUAGGCUGCAGAUUGCAGACACACUGCCCCGAAAAAGGAAUUGUACACCUAAUAUUGUGUGCUGUGACAAUGUACACUAUUCUCCUUCCUCGCGGUUAUUGUCAAAAGAUAUUAAGUACAGGAGUUUGGAGAUGAUGUUAACAAAUACGAGAGUACAAGUUAUAAGCACAACGGAAUGUGGAUGUGUGUGCUUACGAGCCUAGGUCUGUCCAGUUUUGGCAGUCACGAUGUUGGAAGCUAGAGAGAAUAAUGUAUUUUGGAGAAUAAUUUCAGAGGAGACCAAUAUGAAUGAUGCAUAGUAAAGGUUUAUCUGUUCUGCCAUUUUGGUUGCUACUGCAAAAAUAAGGGGUCUUUUCCUUUC